CUCAGAUGUGGGCGGGGCUCUAGAAUUCGGUACCGUGAGCAAACCGCGUGUGGCGCAGACAUUGAGAGGAGGAACCGAAAAUAAACAGCAACGGGUCACGUCGCCGAGUCGUAGGGUGCAGUCUGAGGCUAUGAGCAGCAACGAGUGUUUUGGUUGCGGUCGCACUGGCCACUGGAUCAAGAACUGUCCCAAUGCGGGACGUGGACGUGGAAAAGGUCGAGGCAGAGGCAAAGAUCUGUUCUGCUAUCGCUGUGGAGAGCCGGGCCACGUCGCGCGGGACUGUGAGCGCACCGAGGAUGCGUGCUACAACUGCGGCAGGGGUGGCCACAUCUCCAGGGACUGCAAGGAGCCGAAGAAGGAGCGCGAGCAGGUUUGCUACAACUGCGGAAAGGCAGGUCACAUGGCACGCGACUGCGAUCACGCUAACGAGCAGAAGUGCUACUCGUGCGGCGGCUUCGGACACAUCCAGAAGGGCUGCGAGAAGGUCAAGUGCUACAGGUGUGGCGAGAUCGGUCACGUAGCCGUCCAGUGCAGCAAGGCUAGCGAGGUCAACUGCUACAACUGCGGGAAGUCGGGUCACGUGGCCAAAGAGUGCACCAUCGAGGCCACCGCCUAGCCCAGCCCUCCAUCAACUCCUCCUUUUCUGAUUGAUGGUUGUAUUAUUUUCUCUGAACCCUCUUCACUGGCCAACGGUUGGCAGUUAGAGGCUGAUUCCCAGGCCAGUGAGCUCUUGACAUGUUAAAAGGAGGAAAGGGGUGGAAAAAACUUCCACUUUCUGCAUUUAAUACAAAAAAAAAAUGUUUAUGUUUAGUUUGGUUAGAGGUGUAAACGUAUAAUGCUUUGUUAAAGAACCCCCUUUCCAUGCCACUGGUGAACAGGGAUGUUGUUGAGUGAGGAACGAGCGUGUCGAGAGAUCGAGAGUACGGUAGCCAAUGACCACACAGAUCAGAUCCGGCCGGGAGCGCUGGCUUCUUGAUGAUUUGCUUUUAUUUGUGUUAUUUUAAUCAGUGAGAGAGUGAAUGACCAGCACACGACACACCCGGUCCCGUCGGGCCAGCAGGACGCAAGACACGCGGAGAAAACAAUGUAAAGCAAACUACUUUAUAGCAUAUUCAGAUCGUGAUAUUCAGUCGAAGGCCUCGUUCGUGGAGUUUAGGCCGUUCCACCCGAGGGAAACUUCAUUAAUACAGCGAUAAAAGAAGAAACAAACUAAGGGGUCACAAGACAGAUUCGGAGUUUGAAGAAAGGUGAAUGCUUUCACAGAAAUCAAAAUGUUAUUUUUGUACAAUAUCACUUAGACUACUCUUAAAAAAUAAUAAUAAUAAUAAUAAUAAACUAUAAUUUGCUUGUACUCAGUUUUUAAGUCGGAAGGUGAACGCAACUGAAGUUCUAGGACAUAGAAAUGUAAUUUUAAACUAUCAAUAAAUCUGGAGGAGGAAGGGGU